AUGGCGACAACUAAAAUGACGGUGGAGGAGCUCCGAUCGGAGCUCAAUCACCGGGGACUCACCACCACCGGAAUCAAGCCUACUCUGGUACGUAGGCUUGAAGCAGCGAUUCGCAAAGAAACUAAGCUCUCGAAACUAGACGCUGAUGCUUCUUCCUCCCUUGGAAAAAGACCCAGGGAUUCUCUCGACGGCCAUUCCGGUAAAACCACUUCUACUCGCUCUCGCCGUGGAGUUUCCAAUAAACAAACACUAGAAACGAUUUCAGAAGAUUCGCACCUCGUUAAUCAAGAGGAGGAGGCAAUAGAGGUGGAAAAGAGAGUGACUGCAACCAAAAAGGGUGCGGCAGUUCUUGAUCAAUGGCUUCCGGAUCACAUAAAAAUGCACUAUCAUGUUCUCGAACUGGGUGGUGAAAUCUAUGAUGCUGUGUUGAACCAGACAAAUGUUGGUGACAACAAUAACAAGUUCUAUGUCAUUCAAGUUCUUGAAUCUGAUGAUGGUGGUAAGUUCCUUGUUUACAAUAGGUGGGGAAGAGUAGGCAUAAAGGGCCAAGACAAGAUACAUGGCCCGUACACUUCACGUGAAAAUGCCAUUCAGGAGUUUGAACAAAAGUUCUUAGCCAAAACGAAGAAUGCUUGGAGUGAUAGGAAUGAUUUUGUUUCCCAUCCAAAAAGCUAUGUAUGGCUGGAAAUGGAUUACAGUGGCAAGGAAAAAGAAUCUACAGUUACAGAAAGUCCUGGUCAUGCUUUGAGAAAGCAGCCUUUGGAAUCAAAACUUGAGCCACGUAUUGCAAAAUUUAUAUCCCUUGUUUGCAAUUUGAGCAUGAUGAAUCAACAAAUGAUGGAAAUAGGGUACAAUGCAAACAAGUUGCCCCUAGGAAAACUUAGCAAAUCAACAAUUUUGAAGGGAUACAAUGUUCUUAAAAGACUUGCUGAUGUGGUUGACAAAUUUGAUAGGAAAGCUCUAGAGCAAUUAAGCGGAGAGUUCUACAGUGUAAUUCCUCAUGACUUUGGAUUUAAAAAAAUGCGUGAGUUUGUAAUUGACACCCCUCAGAAGUUAAAACGCAAAUUGGAAAUGGUCGAAGCUCUUGCUGAAAUUGAGGUUGCCACCAAGCUAUUGAAAGAUGAUGCUGAAAUGGAGGGAGAUCCCCUGUAUGCUCAUUAUCAGCGUCUUCACUGUGAACUAGUACCAGUUGAUUUCGGUACUGAUGAAUUCUCCAUGAUUGAAAAUUAUAUGAAGAACACUCACGCAGAAACACAUUCAAACUAUACUGCAGAAAUUGUCCAAAUAUUCAGAACAUCGAAAGAAGGCGAGGCUGAUCGCUUCAGGAAGUUUUCUGAUACAAAGAAUAGGAUGCUUUUGUGGCAUGGUUCUCGGCUCACAAACUGGACUGGGAUUUUAUCUCAAGGUUUGCGCAUAGCUCCUCCAGAGGCACCUGUAACUGGCUACAUGUUUGGCAAGGGGGUGUACUUUGCUGACAUGUUCUCAAAAAGUGCAAAUUAUUGUUAUCCUACUCCUACUUCUGCAGAUGGGGUGCUUCUUUUAUGUGAGGUUGCUUUAGGUGAGAUGGCCGAGCUUCUAACCGCUAAAUAUGAUGCUGAUAAGUUGCCUAAAGGAAAACUGAGCACAAAAGGAGUAGGAGCUACAGCUCCAGAUUAUUCUAAAGCGCGGGAGCUUGAUGAUGGACUCACUGUUCCCCUUGGGAAGCCCAAAAAGAAUUCAGGCAUUAAGGGUGAUCUAUUGUACAAUGAAUACAUUGUUUAUAAUGUGGAGCAGAUUAGGAUGCGUUAUGUGGUUAACGUUAAAUUCAACUUUAGGAGAAGAAACUAG